AUGUCGACGGCGGUGGAACUAACUGGGUUUCUGUUGUGCGUAGCAAGCUGCCUGCUCACAGGCUCCUCACUAGCCAAUGACUACUGGAAGAUGUCCUCAGUGUCUGGCAGUGUCAUCGUAUCCACACGUCGGUUCCAGAAUCUAUUUCACUCGUGUGCCGAGAACAGCGCCGGAAUUAGGAACUGGAAAGACUUUGAGUCAAUGCUCGCUCUGCCUGAUUACAUACAGGCAUGUCGAGCCCUGAUGAUCAUCGCUCUGCUCCUGGGUCUAGCGUCCAUCAUUGUGUCAGUGCGGGGGCUGAAAUGCACAGAGAUCGGCAGCACUUCUGAACAGGCCAAGGGCGAAAUCACUCUGUCCGGCGGCAGCUUGUUCAUCUUAUCAGGUCUUUCCACCUUGACUGCUGUGUCAUGGUACGCUGCGCGGGUGGUGCAGGAGUUCCAUGAUCCAUUCCUUGCAGGAGUAAGGUUUGAGCUGGGUACAGGUCUAUACAGGUCGGCCAUUCUAGGUGGGGUCAUGCUCUGCUGUUCCUGUAAGAGAGGUCCAUCAGCACCACCAACAGGGGGAUAUUCAAACUACUCAAAAACAAGCCGUGGACAACAGAUCUACAGGGCAGCACCUGUAGGUAAUAACCUCUCCCUCAAUGUUAACAAAAUGAAAAAGCUGAUCGUGGACUUCAGGAGACAGUAG